AGAACCGCGAAGGCGGAAGAAUGACGGAGUACUGAUCACACUGGGCAUCACAAAGUGAGGAAAAGAAGUGGGGAAUUGCAUGUUUGACGACAGUCCGCGUUGUUAUGAUAGACAUGGGGCAGUAUUUGUUUACGUAGUGCGUGGCGACAUGUGAUAUCUUUCUGGCUACAUGUCCGAGUCUCCGAGCUAGGUUAUGCUACUUUCUCAAUUGGACGAAGAAGCCAGGCCCUAGGCUGGCAAGAUGGGCACCGUGGUGCUCGAAGAGUACGAGCUGCUUGGCGAUGCCAAGUACCGCUCGUACGUGACCGCCAUUGACAAGGCGCUCAAGAGCUUCGAGAGCACCAGCGAGUGGGCUGACCUCAUUUCGGCGCUCGGAAAACUCAACAAGGUGCUUCUGAGCAAUGCGAGGUACCAAGUAAUCCCCCGGCGACUGACCGUGAGCAAGCGGCUGGCGCAGUGCAUGCACCCCGCGCUCCCCAGCGGGGUGCACCUCAAGGCCCUGGAGACGUACGACCUGAUGCUGCGCAGCGCGGGGCCCCAGCGCCUGGGCCAGGAGCUGUUCCUGUACAGCGCCGGCCUGUUUCCCCUGCUGGCCCAUGCCGCCAUGAACGUGCGUCCGGCGCUGCUGGCCCUCUACGAGACGCACUUCCUCCCCCUCGGGGAGCGGCUCCGCCCAGGCCUCAACGGCUUCCUCAUCGGGGUGCUGCCGGGCCUGGAGGAGGGCUCUGACCACUACGACAGGACGGACGCCCUGUUGCUGGACGUGUGUCUGAGCGUGGAGAAGAGCUACUUCUAUGGCAGCCUGUGGAAGUGUGUGCUGUGCAACCCGGCCGUGAGGCUGGCGGCCAUCAACUUCAUCAUCUCCCACUACAACCGGCGGCAGAGCAUGGAGGACCAGCUGUUCAUAAUCGGCACCGACAUCAACUGCAUGGUGCAGGGGCUGUGCGCUGCCCUGCAAGACACGAGCGUGCUGGUGCAGAGGAGUGCCCUGGAGCUGCUGCUGCUGGGCUUCCCGCUGCACAGCUGCCAGCUGGUGGCGGCCGACCGCGUGCGCGUCUGCACCGCCGCCGUCGUGGUGCUCCUCCGCAGGGACAUGUCCCUCAACAGGCGCCUUUUCGCAUGGCUGUUUGGCAGCGACGGCUCCACCACCACCAGCGGAGUGGCUGCAUCACCGCCUGCAACCACGUCUACCGCCGCCAUCCCCGACCCCAUCGAUGCGUCAACUGCCUCGGCCUCGACAUACUUUUACACAAACUCCUGCGCUUUGCUUUUGGAGGCGCUCAAGUGUUUGUUCAGCCCCUCGACGUGCAGGGCCCCCGUGCUGUCGAGCAACUUCUCCGUGUUCUGGCCCUACAGGAUCCUGGUGAGCCUGAUGGACAAGCCCGAGAUCACCACCGCCAUCCUCGACGACAUCCUCAUCGACGUCUUCAGGUCGCUGUACUUGGAGUGCAGCUCUGGCACGCUUGCCAAGUCGCAGCAGGAGAAGCAGGCGGACCGCACCCACUUUGAGCUCGUCAAGACGGCCAACCUGCUGUUCAGCUCCCUGGAGCCGGACUACCUGUGGGGCUACGUGGCCAAGAGCUUCCACGGUGCCUGCGUCAGGAGGAGCGCCGACCCCCUGCCCAGGACCCUCCAGUCAGGAAAGGUGGCCCCCGUGGGGUCUGGGGCCCCCACCCUCCAGGAGGUCUGCAUACUCUCAGAAUUCCUCCUUGAAGUCAUCUCCAUGGACUCGUACAUGGAGACGGAGCAUUUGCCAGACCUGCUGCACAGCGUGGCCGAAGACCUGCGCGAGCACUGCAGCUGCCUGCACCCUCCAGAAUUGAAGAGCGCGCUGGUGCUGUGCUCCCGGCUCCUGUCCAAGGUGCAGCCCUCGCUCCAGCCAGGUGGCUCCGAGGCUGUCCCGGGCACGACCUCCCGCUCCAGCCAGCCGGACACCUGCCUGGAACAGGCCGUGCCCCCGGGUGGGGCUGACGACCUUUGCUCGGCAACCAUGAUGGCCAACUGCGUGGCGUCCUUCCAGAGGCUCUUCCUCCGCUUCGUGGAGCUCUGGGUCCUGGUCCAGCCGCAGGAGACACUCGCCCUGUUCGGAUCUGCGCUGCUCCGCAAGCGAACCAUGCAAGGUGAUCGAGAGAAGGAGCUGCACAGACUGCUGGAGCAGUGCCUGCGGCGGGGGGAGGAGGACCCCUACCGGAGCAUCGACCUUCCACGCCGCAAGACCCCGGAGAGGGAGGUUGCCCCGGAGGUCAGCCUGGAGCUCCGGCCGGAGUUCUCGGACCUCAAGGAGGCCUACGCCUGCCUCUGCCAGCUGCUGGUGGAGCUGUCUUCCUUCCCCGCCUCCCUCGCGACGCUCAAGACCAUACUGCUCGUGGAGGUGCCGGGCACAGCAGAAGGUCCGGAAGGCACUGGCGGCCUCCCCGACUGGCUGCGACAGCUCCUGAUGCUGUCCUGCUUUGCUCCCGACCAAGACCUCCUGAUCUCCACCACGGCAACGGUGCUGGAGCUACUCGAGCUGUCUCGGACCGCGGCCGCAGCUUUGGAGCCCUCCUUUCGCGACGUCAGUCGCUGCCUGACUCCGGGGGGGAGUCAGGCCACCCUGGCCAUCGUGGUGGUGCCCAUGGUGCGCCCGUCAGACCUGAGCGCCGUGCUGGAGCAGACGCGCUUUGUCCGGGUGGUAGCCGGUAGACUUUGGGAGCUCCUCGAGCCGCACAGGGAAGCGUUGCACCUGAGGGCAGUGGAGUUGCUGCAGCUGCUGCACAACGUGGCGCCCGAGGGGGACGGGGCCUGCGAGGAUGUCCUGUGCAGGGCGCUUUCAAGUGAGGACGAGCAGGAACAAACUGAAGCUCAGAAGAGGUUUUCCAUCCUGUGGAACCUUAGUAGGAAUCUGAAGUUCAAAUCUACUCCAUCCAGUCUGGUUCGUUCGUUUGACAGGUGCCUGUUCCAGAUGCUGCACUGCCUGAGCCGCCCCUGGGGUCCCCAGCGGGCAGCUUCCCAGGUGUGGCUGAACCACUCGCUGCUGCGCGGCGACCUGGCCCGCCUGCUCGAGCCGCCCAUGAUGGUGCUGCUGCACCCGGACACGGCGCGCAUCUCGGUGCAGCACGUGAGCGUGCACUCGGGCAUGGCCGCCACGGUGGAGCCCGUGCCCGUGCUGGCCAGGGACGAGGCCUCUUCGUCCGAGGCCCGCAUCUUCGCCAUCAGCAGCGUUGGGGGCAACGUCAUCUACCACGUGGACAAGGCCAAGGUGGCGGCCGGAGCCGUGGCCCCUCUUGCCUCCGUGAAUCCGGAGAAGAGGGUGCUGGCGCUCACCUCCAUCGUUGGUCCCGAGAAGGGCAACGGGUCCAAGUUGCAGGUCGUGACGCGGAGCUCCAAAGUGGACGUGGAGUUUCCCCCGGCUUCCCUGGACUCCCUCCACCAGAUGUCGCUGUUCGUGAACCCCUUUGGCUCUCUGACGUCCCUCACCAAUGACUACCUGCUGGACUCCUACGGCUACGACGCCCCUGACCUCUCCAACGCCACCCGCAUCCACGGGACGUCGCUUCGCAAGAGCUCCUUUGACGAACCCGACGAGAACGCCGCCAGCGACAGGGAGGACUCGGCGCACGAGAUAGUGCGCUCGAUCCUGGACGAGAUCGUCGACCUCGCCACGUCCAUUCCGAAGGGUCUGCACGACGACGAUGCCGCCGCGUCAGACUCCGUCUUCCACGAGGAGUCCAAGAGGAGCUCCGUCGGAGCGUUUGCUGGCCAGCCAACGGCCCACCCGCUCCACUCGCACCUGCUCCUCUACUGCCAGGUGUUCGACUCUCAGAAGACACUUUACGCGCUGGGCGUGCUCAAGCUCGUUGUGGAGUCGAACCCGCGCGCGGCGCUGUGCAGCAUGGCGACGACGAGCGUGAGCAGCUCACUCUCGCAGCGCGGUGCGCAGCUGCAGACGCUGUUGGCCCGGCACCGCAAGUCGAUCUUCGGCAACAACUUCCACGGGGAGAUGGCGCCCGAAGCCCUGUCCGGGUACCGCAGCAGCAUGUUCCUGGAGGUGCUCGUAUCGGCCUGCCUCUACUUCGUGCGUAGCUACUACCCGAGCCUGCCGCAGGCCCAUCUCACGGCCGCCGAGCUGUCAGGGAACCGGGAUGUGCGCCUACUAUGCUGUGAGCUGCUCCGGCUGGUGUUCUCUGAGAUGGUGGCAGUGGUGCGGGACAGCGGGCGCAGCUUUGCAGUGUAUUUGGGGGACCUGCUGAUGCGGUGCAAAGUGCAAAAGGCACUGCUGCACUGCCUGGUGGCCUCGGUGUACGGGUUCCAGCAGAAGACGGGGUCCGACGGGGAGCGGGCCAUCACCACGGACAUCAUCGAGUUCAACGAGAAGGUGCCCGUCGGGGAAGGCCUGGCCGAGGAUUUCCAGGAGACCUUCCAGGUGUACCUGCUGCAGCUGAUAGCAGCCCUGAUCAUCUUCGAGGACCGGGUGGCAGCACAGAUGGGCGACGACACCCACCCGGCACACAAGCCCAGCACGGACAAGGUGGCCCAGAAGACACGCUUCCAGCCACAGAUGUCCACCCUUCGCUACCAGCAUGGGGUGCCGAUCCCGUGCCAGGCCAUGUUCGGGACGGCCACGCUGACGGCCCUGCGGCAGCAGCACAAGGCCCAGCUUCACUCCCACUGGCUGAGCCUGGUGAUGUGUGCCCUGCCCUUUGCGGGCAAGUGCCUCACCCAGCUCGUGCUCUCCGUGGCCAGCCAGGUUUGCUCAAACCUCGAGGCCGUCGUCUCCGACAGGGCAGGGCCCGGCGUCCAGGGAGAGGGUGUGGCCAGGCCCCCGGACUACCUCAUCUCGUUGGUGGAAGGGCUGACCCUCCUCUGUCACUACUGCCUCCUGGAUGGGGUGGCGGCACCGGCUGUGAACCCGGUCACCCAGCAACCGCCCCCCGCACCGCCGGCCCUCACGCCCAGCGCCAACGUUUCCCAGAUCAUCUACAACCUCAUCCACGUGUUCUCCAACACCGACCCCCAGAAGGAUCUGAACAACCGGGAGAGCGGGGGCAGCCUGGACCCAAUCCUGUCGACACGACGCUCCCUGCUGAGCAACCUGCCCCGCAUCCUGGCUGCCCUGGUCACCGUCUGGGAGGCGGUCUCCCGGGACGACGGGGGGCCCCCCGCCGGCAGCGGGGCCAAACAGUCCCGGCUCUGGAUCAUGGGUGCGCCCAAGGUGGUGAAGCAGCACAUCCUGAGUUUCCUGAGCCCCAUCUCGCUGAGCUAUGGUUCAAACUUUAUGGCCGCCGUUGCGGUUGUCUGGUACGAGCGGAGAAAGAAGAAUGCGGUCCCUCAACGUAAGGUGAUUCCCCAGUGGAGCCCCGACCAGUUGCUGCUGGUGGAACUGGUGUCUGCCAUCAAGGUGCUUCCGAUGGACAGCGUGGUCCAGGUGGUCAGGCAAGUCCUCCGCCAGCCACCGCCCACCAGCCACGACAAGAAGAAGCGUGUGCCGCUGGAGGUGAGCGUGCUGCAGUUCUUCCUGGCGUACGUACAGCACACCCCGGGCACCCAGCUGCUGGAGUCAUGGAGCGCCCUGCUGGGGCUCUGGAAGGACGGCCUGCAGCUCACCGCCCUGCCCCUCGUACAGUUCCACCUGCUUGGGCUCCUGAACGAGUUUGUUCAAAGGGCUCCUCUUCUCGAGGACAAGAAGGACCAGAAGGACUUGCAGGACAUCACUCAGAAGGUGAUUGAGGCCUGCAGCACUGUGGCCAGCGCCUGCCUGGAGCAGACGACAUGGCUUCGCCGGAACCUGGCCGUUCGGCCGGGACCCCAGCCCGACAUUCUGGGUAGCGAUGCCGAUCCUGAAGUAGACCCGACCUCGAGCACAGACACUCGCAUGCUCACAAAUGGGGAUGGCAGUGAGUCGCCACCUUCAACGUCGAAUUUCGCCACGUCGUCACAUGCGCAGUACAGCGUGCAGGCACUGUCAGUGUUGGCUGAGUUCCUGGCACCAGUCCUUGAUGUGGUGUACGUGAGUGAGGAGAAGGAGAAGGUGGUUCCCCUGCUGAGCAGCAUCAUGUGCUACGUCACGCCGUACCUCAGGAAUCGCAGGCUGCACAACGUUCCCAGCUUCCGGGCCUGCUCCCAGCUGGUGUCGAGCCUGUCGAGCUACCAGUACACCCGCAAGGCCUGGAAGCGGGACGCCCUGGAGCUGCUGCUGGACGCCGCCUUCUUCCAGAUGGACCAGCCCUGCAUGGCACACUGGCGCUCUAUUGUAGACCACCUCAUGACCCACGACAAGACCACCUUCAGGGACUUCCUCGCACGUUUUGCAGUAACGCAGAGCGGCUCGCUGAACAUCUUCAGCAGCAAGGAGCAAGAAUACGAAUCUCGUGCUCAGCUGCUGAAGCGACUAGCCUUUAUCCUCUUCUGCAGCGAGCCAGACCAAUACCAGCGCUACAUGCCCGACAUUCAGGAGCGCCUGGCCGAGAGCCUGAAGCUGAGCCACGUGCCUGCAGUGCAGGCGCAGGUGUUCCUCUGCUUCAGGGUCCUCCUGCUGCGCAUGUCUCCGCACCAGGUGACUUCACUGUGGCCGGGAAUCAUCACUGAGCUGGUACAAGCAUUUCUACAGAUUGAGCAGGAACUAUCAACAGACUCUGAAGCAUUUGGCAAACGGAAUCCCAGCUCGCACCUGCGCAGACUCCAGGGGCUGGACAGCAGCUGGGCGGUGAGCAACGGCCUCAACGCCCACAACCACCCGGCCUGGCUGCAGCUGUACCUGUCAGCCUGCAAGCUGCUCGACCUGGCCGUGGCCCUGCCCGCCGACAUGCUGCCUCAGUUCCAGAUGUAUCGCUGGGCCUUUAUUGGGGACAACGCACCGCUGCUGUCGUCUGAUGGGACCCAGCCUUUGCAAGACAACUCGAAAAGCGAGCACCACGAGUUUGUGCCACACAUCAUGAGGCUUGCUGCCCUAAUGAACAAGAAUAACCCGAACUACGAGCCGCUCGUGCAGCGUGCCGGGCACCCGUUCCUGACCCUGACGUCCAUCAAGUCGCUGUACGACAUGCAGGGCUUCUUCAACAGCCUCGUGGACAGCUCGUUUCGUGCAACCGAGCUGCACGCGUCCUCCGGCGGCCUGCACAGAGACGCCGCCUUCGACGUCGUUGCCUCCUCCUCCCGAAGCCAAGAACUCUCCAAGUCGCGCUCGGCCCCCGAGCUCAGUAGCGCAACGACGCCGAGCGUGGCAACGGAGGAAAGCGGCUUGCAAACGGCGCUCCAGUUUGUGGAAUGCGUUCUCGAACACGAUUUCCUCGAGGCGCGGCAGUCGUGAGAGGAACCCUCGGCGCUCUUGGUCGAGAAUCUUGCCGCCAGCUGCGCUCGAGCGGCGGAAAACUUUUACUUCCCGGCAUCUGGAAACGUUACGGGGGAUGUUGCCGUUUGGGAGAGUCGAGAUGACGCCUCGUCGGAAAGGAUGUUUUGGCCAGUUUCAAGUGAUGCAGAACGUCGGCGUGAAGGUGCCGGGCCGUUUUCGUUUUGCCCGUCUCUUCGCCGUCAGUGUCUUGUUCGGACAUUUCUAUGUGUUUCUCCAUUUGCGUAUGGUAUAGUGCUGUUUGGUGCUACGGGGCACUAAAUAGAGCGAUGGACUGUUAUGACGGGGCCAGCGGAAGAUGUUUCUGCUGGAGGUUCGGAACGAAGUUGGUCGUACGGCGCUCCUACGCAGGGUCCAGAAAAAAUAUAUAAUAGAUCGGAAACGCCAGAGACGGUCCUCGCAGCGACGCUUUGUUGUUACACCGGUGCCUAGGAGUUCAGCUAAGCUGUGCGUUCCUCCUUUCAAAUGUCAUUGCCAUAAGCUAGUCACAACGCACUUCUCUCCUUUUUGGCUUUUUGCUGGCGGAUUCAAGUGGCAUGAAUUAUGUGAUUGUACCGUUGAAUUUCGAAUCGAGUUACGGUUACUUUUUAUCGCUCUUUUCUGAAACUAUCUUCUCGGGUAAAAGCCUUACAGAGUACUUGAGGGAAAAGGUCUGCGGUGGGUGCAAGCAAUGAUUUGCUCUUGGUUGUGAUAGUUGAGCCUGAUUGGAAGGUUUGCUUGAAGCCAAAUUACGGCGACUUUGCAGGCUUGGUUGAUGACUUGCAAUUUCUAGGGUGAGGUAUAGGCAUACUGCUACCUAUAUGUAAAUGUUGCUUGUACCUUAUUGAGAACAAUUGACCGAGGCCCAGUGUUGAUUUGCUGCACCCACAAAUUUACUGAGGCAAUGCUGUACAAAUUACUAACUAGAGCCGCAUCAUACCAUCAUUCUCGGGUUACAGCUUGUGUCUGGUAUGCUGCAAUUAUGCAUUUUGCGGGAGUUUGCAACGUCAUUUUAUUGUAGCAAGGAAAUCUCCGCAGCGUUGGCUUAUUUUGUUAUAUCGUUGUAAUGUUGACUAUUCUGUGCGACGCAAUAGGAUUUUAAAACUGCAUGUGGCAUGUGUUCGAGGCCAAUUUAAUGUGUGCAUAGUGCACACCAUGCUGUGUUGCGGUGUAUAGUGGAGUGCAUGCAUCACCAGUGCAGAAUAGUUUGCCAUGUUGAACCUGCUUGGAUGACAUAAUUUAAAUCUAUUUUAUUAUAUAAAUAAAGCAAGAUCUCUUCUUUGCAAGUAAA